CCAUAUAAGGACGAGGACUCCUACUCAACACGUCCACCGUCUGUCGUUGGCAAAUCAGACGACCACCUGAUGCAUAAUGCUGCAGAUAUGGGACGCUCAGAUAGUUAUCAGGACCUGGAAUACGCAGAACCAUUGGAUGAGAACUCCAAGCUUGCUGCAGACAGCGCAUCUCCGUUUCAGAAGGUUCUCGGGAUGGACAUGGGGAAGUACCCUAUUGAUCAGCGGAUCGAGGACAAGAAGCGGGGUAUCGGGCGGCAAAAGUAUCCUUACGUUGUAUGGGCCUUAACAAUUAUCAUGGUUGGCGUUUUCAUCAAUGAGUUGGUGGUGAACACCAGAGCACAGGGCACCCCAGUAUCCUUUAAGCCAGUUGUAAACCCCAUGCUUGGGCCGUCGGAAAGUGCAUUGAUUAAUUUAGGUGCUCGUUUCCCGCCAUGCAUGAAAGUUAUUCAAGGACUCCCCUUAACUACUCCGAUUGCCUGCCUCAAUGAUACCGCAAAUCCGCCAGAUCGGCUCUGUUCGAUCGAGGACGUAUGUGGUUUCGGUGGCUUCCACGGCGGCGAGCCCGACCAGUGGUUCAGAUUCAUCACUGCCAUCUUCCUGCAUGCAGGAUUUAUCCAUAUCAUCCUCAACAUGCUCGCUCAGUUGACAAUAUCCGCUCAAAUAGAACGUGAAAUGGGCUCCGCUGGUUUUUUUAUAACCUAUUUCGCGGCCGGGAUCUUUGGUAACGUGUUGGGCGGUAAUUUUUCACUGGUCGGCGCACCUUCAAUAGGCGCCAGUGGUGCCAUCUUCGGUACAGUCGCGGUUACAUGGGUGGAUCUUUUCGCACAUUGGAAAUAUCAAUGCCGACCUGGUAGAAAGCUCGCCAUCAUGACAGUGGAACUGCUGUUCGGUAUCGCUCUUGGGUAUAUACCUUCUCACCUGGGGGGCUUGUGUAUGGGUCUUCUCGUUGGCACAACCCUGUACCCUGUGAUCAGUUCAACGAAGCGCCAUAAGCUCAUUAUGUGGGCUUUCCGGCUGGCAGCCAUACCAUUAGCAAUCGUCCUCUUCGUUGUCCUGAUUCGGAACUUCUAUACUUCAGAUCCUUAUGCGGCGUGCUCGGGCUGCAGGUACCUAUCAUGUAUACCAACUGCAUCUAACAAUCACUGUCAAGGUACAGGUAUG